CCAAAAACCACAAACUAGUUUCUAUAGAGUUCUUCUUCUACUCAGGGAAUGCAGAGAGAUGAGAGGAGAUUCCCGGCUAUCAAAUCGUGCUAAACGACCAAUCACAGGCCGCAAUUGCCACCGCAAAUACGUUGAAGUCGGGUGAACCAGUCGCCGAUUACCAUCGACUAUAGUUUUUCUUAGAACACCAGCUCACACACUUUCUAAUUUUAAACUAAACUUUUUUUCACCGGUUAAAAAUACAAAACCUUAUCCAACACCUUGGUACUCAAAUCAGAAACACGUCGAGUUGGGUGAACCAAUCACCGAUCUCCGACGAUUAAAGUCUUUUUUAAAAAGGCAGCUCACACACUCUUUAAUUAAUUCUACACACUCUUUAAUUAAUUCUACUCUUUUCCACCUCACCACUUAAAAAAAAAAGACAAAGCCUUAUCCAACACAUUGAUACUGCUCGAUAAGCAAUUCAAUUCAUCAAAACAAAUGAUGGCACCCCAAGAGAAAAACACCUGCGUGCUACAUGGCAAAUAUGAGCUCGGCCGGCAGCUAGGACACGGCACUUUCGCAAAAGUUUACCACGCGAAAAACGUGCAUACUAAAAAAAGCGUGGCAAUGAAAGUAGUCGGAAAAGAGAAGGUAAUUCAGGUAGGAAUGAUGGAGCAGAUAAAACGAGAGAUUUCGGUUAUGAAAAUGGUGCGGCAUCCGAACAUAGUCGAGCUGUAUGAGGUCAUGGCGAGUAAAUCUAAGAUCUAUUUCGCCAUGGAGCUUGUUAGAGGUGGUGAAUUGUUCGGUAAAAUUGCGAAAGGGCGGUUAAGGGAGGAUGUUGCUAGAAGUUACUUCCAGCAGUUGAUAUCCGCGGUCGAUUUUUGUCAUAGCCGCGGUGUGUAUCACCGCGAUCUGAAGCCGGAAAACUUGUUGUUAGAUGAAGAAGGGAAUUUGAAAGUGACGGAUUUUGGACUCAGUGCUUUUUGCGAUCAUCUCAGGCAGGACGGAUUGCUACACACAACCUGCGGAACUCCGGCGUACGUCGCACCAGAAAUACUCGGAAAAAAAGGAUACGACGGAGCAAAAGCCGACAUCUGGUCAUGCGGAGUCAUCCUCUACGUCCUCCUCGCCGGAUUCCUACCAUUCCAGGACGAAAACAUCGUCUCAAUGUAUCGAAAGAUCUACCGUGGCGACUUCAAGUGUCCGCCUUGGUUCUCAUCAGACGCACGCAGACUAAUAACAAAACUACUUGAUCCGAAUCCAAAAUCUAGGUUAUCUAUCUCCAAAAUCAUGGACUCUCCAUGGUUCAAAAAAUCCUCACCUAAAAACACAAAGUUUGUUAUCGAAGACGAUGGAGUACAAAUAGUACAAUCGAAAGGAUUCGAAGCGAAAACGUUGAAUGCGUUCCACAUUAUUUCGUUAUCGGAAGGAUUCGAUUUGUCACCUUUGUUUGAAGAGAAAAAAAGAGAGGAAAAGGAGGAAAUGAGAUUUGCUACUAUGGAGCCAGCGACCGCGGUGGUGUCGAAGCUGGAGGAGGUGGCGAAAUCGGUGAAGUUUAGCGUCAAAAAGAGCAGCGAUGACAGCAGUUUGCGCUUGCAGGGGCAUGAAGUUGGAAGGAAAGGGAAGUUAGGGAUAGCGGCGGAGAUAUUCGCUGUUACGCCGUCGUUUCUGGUGGUGGAAGUAAAGAAGUGUAGUGGUGAUACAUUGGAGUAUAACCAGUUCUGUAGUAAAGAGCUCCGGCCGGCGCUUAGUGACAUUGUUUGGAGGUCUGCCACCGGCGAGUCUUUUCCGGCGUAAAUUUGAUUUAAGUUAUGGUUGAAGUCUUGUAAAAUAUCAUCAUUUGAAGUGUUGUAAAAUAUCAUCAUGUGUUGUAUGUUGAAUGGAAUAAUUUAAUCAUAUUGUACUUCCUUUUGUCAUGUUGUU